AUGCAGAGAAGCGCAUCAUGGAGCGGGACGCCGUCGAUCAAAGGCUCUACCGAAUCUAUGCGCAUGGUUCUGCUCACCUUUUGUCUGAUCGGACUGCAGUUCACAUGGGGCACUGAAAUGACAUAUGGCACACCGUAUCUGCUCCAACUCGGUCUAACAAAGUCCAAAACAAGCCUCGUAUGGAUUGCCGGUCCUCUAUCCGGCCUGCUGAUGCAGCCCAUCGUCGGUGCCUAUGCAGACAGAUCGACGUCGAAAUACGGCCGACGCAGACCUUAUAUGAUUGCUGGCGCAGCCAUCACCGGAUUCGGCCUCCUUCUCCUUGGUUGGACGAGCGAAGUGGUCGGACUAUUCGUUGCGGAAGGACAAACUCAUAAAGACAUCACAAUCGUCCUAGCUGUUCUUUGUAUCUAUGCUCUGGACUUUAGCGUCAACGCUGUACAGGCUUGCUGUCGCAGUCUUAUUGUCGAUACACUCCCUGUAUCACAACAGCAGGCUGGGAGUGCGUGGGCCAGUAGGCUCACGGCCGCAGGGCACCUAUUGGGGUAUUUCAUCGGGGCAUUCGACCUCGUAAGCAUCCUUCCCAACUGGGUAGGUGGAAACACUCAGUUCAAGAAGAUGUGCGUUCUGUCCGCAAUGGCGCUCUGGACAUGCACUAGUGUGACAUGUUGGGCUGUGUCGGAGCGAGUCAGAAUAGGAGGCGAACAUGAUGUGGUGGGAGUCAAGGAGGUUCUGGCCAAUUUGUGGUACAGAACGAUUCAUUUACCCAGACGGAUUCAAGGCAUCUGCAACGUCCAGUUUUGGGUGUGGAUUGGAUGGUUUCCCUUCCUCUUCUACUCGUCCACCUUUGUGGGAGAAAUCUACUACCGCUACGAUCGUCCUUCCACCACCAGCUCUACAGACGAACAUGAUGCAUUGGGAAAUAUUGGACGUCUGGGGAGCAUGGCCCUUGUGAUCUUCUCGAUCAUUACGUUUGGCUCAUCAGUGCUGUUGCCUUAUCUUGUUCGGGCUCCAAAGGCCGUGGAUGAGAAAUUCACGCCUCGUCCGCCCGUGUUGCUCGGCAGGGCGGUUCAAUCCUUUUUAUUCAAGGCCUAUCAGUGGCAGCCCGACCUAACGAGUGCGUGGAUGUAUUCGAACGUGAUUUUCGCAUUGAUCACAAUCACCGCCCCCUGGAUUCGCAGCCUUCAUGCCGCCACCGCCAUGGUUGCGAGCUGUGGUAUACCCUGGGCUGUCUCGAGCUGGGCUCCAUUUGGUCUGCUGGGUAUUGAGAUCAACAAGGUCUCUCCUUCUCAUUAUGUCGAUGUCCGCGGAAGCAGUGCGCCGGGGUAUACUUCAGCAAGAGGCAGUGUGGACGAACCCGACUUUGACGAUGAUAUUGAGAUGAGUGAGCACGAUCGUGGUGGAGUGCUAAGGCUCCACCAUCCCGAUGACCACGGUGCGCAUUCAAGUACUGGAGAGCUUGCGGGCAUCUAUCUCGGGGUGCUGAACGUUUAUACCACGUUACCACAGUUCGUGGGAACCUUCAUCAGCUGGAUUGUCUUCUCGAUUCUAGAGCCAGGGCAGAACGAUCAUGCUAACGGCGACCCGGAACAUCAUCGUUGGAUGAACCUGAAGGACAAUGCGCCCAAUGCAAUCGCGGUUUGUAUGUUUAUUGGAGCUGUUUGCUCUUUAGGCGCGGCCGAAUCGGCAAGGCGGCUGAAAAAGCUGGAGUAG